CCUUGAACUUUCUAAGGGAAAUAAAAAACUUUCUCUCGGACAGUGACGGUGGAUAACAGUCUUCAGUACCUGGUCUUUAAAGGAUUCUGGAUUCCUGGACUGUUGGAAAAGAUCAUGGCUCAGCAGUGGACUGUUGGAGAAGUAUCUCUUUGGCUUGGGGAAAAUGAAUUGGCAGAUUAUCAACAGUUCUUUGCAGUGGAAGGCAACACAAAGAAAAGCAUAUUGUGCCAGCACUCCAACCUAUGUUUAACUGCAAAGUGCAGUUUCCUCCAGCUGUGCUCACUGCGUUGACCAAUAAAGAUGCAGCACUAAAGUCACCCACCAAGAACAGACUCAAAAAACUUGCUUAUUCAAGCACUGUUUGACCACUUGAGUAAUGAGACAAUGUAUCCCUCUCAUGUGCAGUAUGUAGAGCUUCUGAGGACUGUCCUUCUGAGUUUUCCUUUUUUGAAGGAGAGUUAUGGCUCUGGAUAUGAUGCUCUGCAUGAGUCUCUCAGGAACAAGUUUAAAAAGGAAAGAAGACCACUAGUAGACGUAGAGGAAAUUGAAAAAAUGAGACAGAAAUACUCAGUUCCAAAUUCAGGAAGAAAAAGAUCAUCAGAUGUCCAGCCCUGUAUCAUUUUGAAAAAAAAAAACAAGGAUAUCCUCUUGGAUGAAAGGAGCACCGACCAACAUGUAUCAGUGAUUAAGCAAGAGUGCCAAAAAACUAGGCCAAAUGUGGAUGUCAUUCGAACGCACCUCAGGAAAAUACAGAAGUACAGAACACACUACAUUCUUCAGCAUACUACUGAAGAGGUUCUACGAGAAUUCCCAUGUCUCACUAUCCCUGUUGUGCUUCUUGAAGAGGCUUCCAUGUUACUUAAAACUGAUGUGGACAAAAAAGUAAUCCGAGGAUUCAGUAAGUUGGCAGCGAAGCUUGUGUCAAUAGCCCCAAACAGCAACCUUAAAAGCCUCUGCUUAAAAUCUGUUGAUGAGAGCCAGACAGACACUGAAAGAAAAGGUCAGAUAGUAAACACAGCUGUUCUUCUCCUGCCAUCUAUUUUCAAAGAAAAUGCCUCUCAUCUCUUCGUCAUAAAUAAGGAUCCACACAGCCCAAUACCUACAAUCGUACUCAGCAGCAGUGACGGCAAGCCCUUGAGUGAUUCAACUGAGGUCAAUGUCCAGAUGGAUGGACAAAAAAUGAUUCUGGACAGUGGGGAAAUGGACAUUUCAUUGGCGAUGGGAGAGGUGUACUGGCAGGCGCGUGACACACACAGAUCAGAUCCAUAUUUCUGUGUUUCAGACGAGACGGCGUACAGAGCUGAGGUUCAGAGGCUGUCAGAUUGGUGUGCAGACAACAACCUGGACCUCAGUAUCACCAAGACAAAAGAGCCGGUAGUCGACUUCAGAAGGAGGAAGUCUGAGCUGCAGCCUAUCAGCAUCAACAGGGAGUGCGUGGAAAGGGUCUCCAGUUUCAUAUUCCUGGGUGUGCACAUAGACACAGACCUCCAAUGGAGCUCUAGCACCUCUGUGGUUUUAAAGAAGGCCCAACAGCGUCUCCAUUUUCUGAGAAGCCUCAGAAAAAUGGACCUGAAGAAGGAGCUGCUGACCGUCUUCUACCGCUGCUCCAUUGAAAGUGUGCUGACAUACUGCAUCUGUGUGUGGUUCUCCAGCUGCACCACAGCACACAAAAAGGCACUUCAGAGGCUCAUCAAUAUGGCCCAAAAAAUUGUUGGACAUCCUCUUCCCUCCCUGAAGGACCUGUACAGCACGCGCUGUCUCAAGAGGGCACGCAGCAUCCUACGGGACUGUACACACCCAGGACACCGGGUGUUUAAGCUGCUGCCGGCUGGCAGGAGGUUCAGGCUGCUGAGGUCCGGGACAAAUAGACUCAAGGACAGCUUUUACAACAGGGCAACAGCCCUGAUCAAUGCCAACAGCUGA